AUGACAUUUCUUCCUGCUACAACCUUCCCUCACGCAAAAACCUUCUCUGCUGCUACACCUUUCCCUCUUGCCAGAACCUCCCUUCCUGCUGCAACCCUCCCUCUCGCUACUGCUUUCCCUCCUGCUACAACCUGCCCUCCUGCAACAUCUCCAUCGGUCAGAACAGCACCACCACCACCAAGGGCGGCUGCAGCAGCAACAGUGACAUCAGCAGCAGCCGCAGCAGCAGCAGCAGCAGCAGCAGCAGCAGCAGCAGCAGCAGCAGCAGCCGCCGGUGCUUCUGCUGGUGCUGCUGCGGGCAACAAGGCACCAGCAGCACUUGUCAUUCCAACCACAAUUUCGGCUGCUCGCGGGAUAGCAUUCCCAAGCGAGCUUGCUCAGGGGCAGAUGCAGGAGGCAGCACAGCCGGCUCUUGAGCUGUCUCAGACUCCCGGCGCGACCAACCCGGUUGAACACGUUAGUGUAGUGGAUGAGCGGGUCGGAGGGCAAGAGCAGCAGACACAACAGCUUCAGUAUGGCGUGUGGCAUAACCCGAGCGCAGUCGCUGACGUCGUUUCUCUGGGACAGCAGGGUGGCGCUCAGGCGCAGCAGGUGCAGCAGGCGCAGCAGGUGCAGCAGCUUCGAUUUCAGGCGUAG